UCCGUUGAUAACAGCACACGAUAAGAAAUAUCGUGUGAAAUAAACACGGCGAUUACCGUAUUGUCAGCGUCCAGAGUUCGUGCCGUCCGCACCUACAUAAAAUUGUUGUAAUAGAAUCGUUAAAUACAACCGCAGAUCGACGGAUUUUUCAACAUCGUCAUUUCAUAAUUGUUAAAAAAUGUCGACUAAUGAUGCAAAAAAGAAGAAGAAGCCAGUUGCCCCCGUCAAAGAUAAGAAAGGGCCUGGUAAAAAAGCUAUUGCAGCUUUAAAAGAAGUAUUGCAACAACAAAAAGAAGAAGAGGAGAAACUUCGCAGGGAAGAAGAAGAAGAAGAAAAGCGUUUAGAAGAACUUGAGAGGCAAAAAGAAGAAAAAAUAAAAUUAGAACAAGAAAAGAAAGAAAAGAAAAAACAAAAGGAAAAGGAAAAAAAGGAAAGACUAAAAGCCGAAGGGAAAUUUUUAACUCCUAAGCAAAAAGCUGAUAGAGCUCGUGCACAAUUACUUUUAGAAACUUAUAAAGCACAAAGAGAAGCAUUGCAAACUCAGUCAACUGUAGACAAAGUAGAUGAAAAUGAUGAUUCUGACAAAUCAGAUGAUGAAGCUAUUCACAAUUCUGAUGACAAUAAAAAUGAUGAGGCUGUUAAAGUUCAAACUCAAAAUGGAGAUACGUCAAAGGAAGAAGAAGAAUCAGAUCUACGAGCUGCUGUUGUAUGUGUUUUGGGUCAUGUAGAUACUGGGAAAACUAAAAUAUUAGAUAAGCUUCGUAGAACUAAUGUACAAGAUGGUGAAGCUGGAGGUAUUACCCAACAAAUAGGAGCUACAAAUGUUCCACUUCAUGCUAUAAAAGAACAAACUAAAGUUGUAAAUGGUUAUGCAACUAAAAAAUUCUUAGUUCCGGGACUAUUAAUUAUUGACACACCCGGUCAUGAGUCUUUUAGCAAUCUCCGUAAUAGAGGAUCAUCAUUAUGUGAUAUAGCUAUUUUAGUAGUUGACAUUAUGCAUGGUUUAGAACCACAAACUAUAGAAUCCAUAAAUAUACUGAAAACUAAGAAAACUCCUUUCAUUGUCGCUUUAAAUAAAAUUGAUCGAUUGUAUGAUUGGCAAACUAAUCCACGUAAAGAUGUAAGAGAUAUUUUGACCUCUCAGCAUUCUAAUACACAAAAUGAAUUUAAAACAAGAUCCCAAAACGUUAUAUUACAAUUUGCCGAACAAGGUUUAAAUGCUGCUUUAUUCUAUGAAAAUCCUGAUCCAAAAUCAUAUGUAUCUUUGGUACCUACAUCAGCUAUUACUGGUGAGGGAAUGGGAAAUUUAUUAGAUCUUAUUGUUGAAAAUUGUCAAACACAUUUAUAUAAAAGACUUGUUUUCAAUACUGAGCUGCAGGCCACUGUAUUGGAAGUGAAAGCUAUAACUGGUUUAGGAACUACUAUUGAUACUAUUUUAGUAAAUGGUUACCUCAGAGAAGGAGAUACAAUUGUCGUAGCAGGUACUGAUGGGCCUGUUGUCACUCAAAUAAGAUCACUACUUAUGCCUCAACCAUUGAAAGAACUUAGAGUGAAAAAUGCUUAUAUUGAGUAUAAAGAAAUCAAAGCAGCUCAAGGUGUUAAAAUUGCUGCUAAAGAUUUAGAAAAAGCUAUUGCAGGAUUAAACAUUUAUGUAGCUAACAAAGCUGAAGAAAUUGAACGACUUAAAGAAGUAGUAGCAAAAGAAUUAAAGUCUGCUUUAAGUACUAUUAAAUUACAAGAUAGAGGUGUUUAUGUACAAGCUUCAACGUUAGGUUCAUUAGAAGCUUUAUUGGAUUUCUUAAGAUCCAGUAAAAUACCAUAUAGCAACAUACGAAUUGGUCCCGUUGUUAAAAAAGAUGUUAUGAAAGCAUCAAUAAUGUUGGAACAUUCUCCUUUAUAUGCUACUAUAUUAGCUUUUGAUGUUAAAGUUGAAAGAGAUGCACAAGAAUUAGCUGAUACAUUAAAUGUUAAAAUAUUUCAAGCUGAUAUUAUAUACCAUUUAUUUGAUAAGUUUACUGCUUAUCAAGACGAUCUUAAGAGGAAAAACCGAGAUCAGUUUAAGUCUAUUGCAGUAUUUCCUUGUAAACUUAAAGUCCUACCACAGUUUGUGUUUAAUUCAAGAGAUCCAAUUGUUAUGGGAGUAAUGGUAGAAUCUGGAAUUGUAAAAGAAGGUACACCUAUAUGUGUUCCUAGUAAAGAAUUUGUAGAUUUGGGUAUUGUGACCAGCAUAGAAAACAACCACAAAGCUGUUGAAACUGCUAGAAAAGGACAAGAAAUUUGUAUAAAAAUUGAGCCAAUACCAGGUGAUGCACCAAAAAUGUUUGGGAGGCAUUUUGAUGAAAAGGAUUUGUUGGUGAGCAAAAUAUCCAGACAGUCGAUUGACGCAUGCAAAGAUCAUUUUAGAGAUGAUUUAUUGAAGACUGACUGGCAAUUGAUGGUUGAGCUCAAGAAAUUAUUUGAAAUUUUAUGAUAAAAACUUUUAUAGCUAAUAUACUUUUUUUUUUCUAUGAAAUAAAACAAAUUAAUUAUUAUUCCAAAUUGGAAAUAUUUUUUUAAUAAUAA